UAUACAUAAUUUUGUUGUCAUGGAGCUUUGCUGAUGCCCAACUUGCGAAGUUUAUUUUCAUUCAUGUAUUCCGUUUUGAGUUCUGUAGUUUUUUAUUCUCCUGUGUGGCUUUUCAUCUUGCUCCUUUGGGAAAUUGUAUAAAACGAAGCCCAAGGUUAUGCAAAGUCUUCACCUCUAAUUAGUGUAGGUUUCUUCCCCUCAAAGUGCGAACUGAAAUCGGCAUAGAAGAUCAAAAGCAUUAAUAACUUAAACGAACUCGUUAUAAACACCUUCAAAUGUUUUGUCUUUGAAACGCAAUAUUUCAUUUAGAACUUUGCUUGAUAGAGUUUUAGAGUUCCGGCUCUUUGGGGCAGUUAAUGUUUCUCCAUCGUUGACGGUCAUGUCUUCUGUCAUGUUGCCCCCAGUUUUAAAAAAUGUUCGGGUAUAUGAUAUGCAGUGUAUAAGACCUGAAUAUUUUUCAGGAAGAAAUCGGAAAUUUCAAUGACAAUGACUAACCUUUAUUUAUCAUAUACAUUGUGAAGAAAAAGCUAAAAAAAAAGGACCAGAUGAUGAUGAUUGCAUGAGGAAGUGGGUUGUUUUCUUAGACAUUACAGAUUGAUGAAGAGUCCAUUAUCUAACAUACUUAGGUAAAACUUUGCCACGGCUGAAUUUGACUUGUAAUCUUCAAAAAGAAAAUAAUCGAGAACCAGACUGAUCUUUCCCUCUCUACCAGAUAUUUGGACCAUUGUUUGGAAAAUGCAAACGUCCAGUAGUGAUGACCCUAGCUACAGCCAAAGCUCCCCACCUAGAGGGCGAAGAGCUCGCUGGAAGGGGGUGUAUAGUGGGAGAUGGGGGGUAGGCAAUAGUUCUUCCUUCAGUGGGGUUCAGCCAAAUCCAGAAGAAGCCUCUGUUGGAGAAGGCAAAAAGGAAAAUCGAGUGAUUGUUCUGUAUCUGGAUCUUUCCUUUCUUUUACUCCUAGAGCUGAAGAAGAUGAGUAUGACUCGGAGCUGCCUCCUGUGCAUCAAAAUCACGAUGUUCGUCUUUAACCUCAUCUUCUGGCUUGGAGGAUGUGGCAUUCUUGGAGUUGGCGUUUGGCUGGCUGUCACCCAGGGGAAAUUUGCCACGCUAUCCAUCUCCUUCCCUUCGCUCUCAGCCGCCAGCCUGUUCAUGGUCACUGGCUCUGUCAUAAUGAUAGUAGGUUUCAUUGGCUGCCUGGGUGCCGUGACCGAACACCGCUGCCUUUUGCUCACGUUUUUCGUGGUUUUACUCAUUAUCUUCCUUCUUGAGAUGAUUAGCAUGAUUCUGUUCCUCACGUACAAAGAAGAGUUUCACAGUUACGCUCAGGAAGACCUGAAAAAGGGACUUAAGCUUUAUAAAACAAAUGGAAAUCUUGGACUGACUAAUGCGUGGGACAUUGUGCAGACACAGUUCCGAUGCUGCGGGGUGAAGAAUUAUACAGACUGGUAUGACGUGAGUGAAAAUUUCACUGUGCCGCACUCCUGCUGCUCCGAACACCACGAGGACUGUCAAUCCAUGCCCACCACCUGGUGGAAGGAUCCCUGCUAUGUAAAAGUAAAAGAAUGGGUUGCGCUCAAUAUGUCUUCAGUAAGAAUUUUUGGUAUCUGUAUCCUAAUUGUCCAGGUCUUUGGUCUGGUCUUCUCUAUGCUGAUGUAUUGCCAGGUCCUGAAGGCUGAGAAAUAUUAUGAAUGAGUCCAGUGUCCUUCAAGGAGCCAUAUAAACUAUCUCUAUGUCUGCUAUUUUUCCAUGUCCAUUGUGAGAACCCACUAAGAAUGGCCAUUCUGACUACUUACCCAGGAACGCCAAGCUGCCAUUAAUUCUUCUAACAGCAGACGGACUUGUAUCUUCCAAUUCUCUUUCAAUCAGUCUCUGCACUAUCACUGUGGCCUCCAGACUAUGGAGGGCGUUACUUUUAUACCUUUUAAGGCUACGCCAGCUUGAGCAGGUCUACAGAAUUUGGCUCCAACAUUUUUUUCUUACAAGUGUAAAUUUGAAGAAGUUGUUUCACAGAUGAAGAACUGAAAUUAAGCCAUAAACAAGACGCUUUUUGGCUGUCUUCAGAUCUGUUGCCCAAUGAGGACAUUCCAGGGAUAAAACUUAAUACAUUGCAUACCCGACCUCGAGACCUCAAGGAGGUCAGCCAGAAAUAAAACAUUAGAGACUGUUCGCAGUAAACACAGAUGUAGAAAUAGCUGAGUAUCUUCUGAGAAUAGCAAAACAACCUUGUGACCGGAUCUGAUACUCAACCAGGAGAGCUUCGGUUCCCAAACGUUUUGACCUGACGCAUGCAGGCAAGGCAUUCUGGAGCAUGUGUUCCACAGUAAGUGGAGAGCCACUAUUUGAACUCUAUGGGACAUUGAUCCCUUUUAUUCUAAAAAAGGAGAGAAUUUUAAAUUGCCAUGUCACAACUUUACAAUCCAAUCCAAAUAUCCUUUUUUAGCUAUUGAGUUCUGAUAAAUAUUGAAAGGUUUGUCAAAAAAGCACAGUUUCAAAUUUUUAUUUUUAGAAUCUUGACUUUUAUGUUACAUGUCCCAAUAAUCAUAGGACGUAUCUCAGCUUAUAUUGUUAUAAUAGAUCUUCUACAAAGCACAGUAAGGGUCCAUGCUCCUGGGAGUCACGAGAAAAGCACAUAUGGUCAAUAAAUAAGCAUUAUGUAAUGUUAAUUCAUUACGCUGUCCUUUAUGCUACUGUAUGCAAAUGUUUUGAGCUACGUUUUCAUUUAGAGAUUAAAAGCUACAGGUCUAAUAUCUGAUAGGAAACCGAUUACAAUUACUUUUUUGGCGCUUACAUAUUCCGCAGCGCUGUACAAUAGGUAAACAAGACAAACGUUUAAUUCUAUGACAUGAGCUUACAAUGUAAAGGAUCUGCAGGUUUUUUUUUUGUUUUUUUUAUUAUUUAAAGCCUUCUUUAUGUAACA